AUGGAAGCGCAAAAGCUGUUCUUGCAUCAGGGGCUCCAGGUGAUGAGGUUUGCAUUUGAGGAGAUCAACAACUCUACCACCCUCCUACCUAACAUAACUCUUGGUUACCAGCUCAUUGAUUAUUGUUCAGAUGCUCACAACUUCCCUGCCAUUCUCCAGUUCCUCUCAGUCAAAGGCUAUGUUAAACCCAGGAAGAUCUACAAUUUCUUGCCCAAAGUCAUUGGUCUCAUCGGGGCCUUCAAUAGCCAUGAAAGUAAAGCCCUAGCUCCACUGGUGAUGAUGGACCUAAUUCCAAUGGUCAGUUACUCAGCGAGAAGCUCCGCCCUCAAUAACAAACGGGUGUACCCUUCCUUUGUGAGGACCAUACCAAGUAACACACAUCAGAUUGAACUCAUCAUUCACAUCAUAGAACAUUUUAACUGGAACUGGGUGGCAUUCAUUGGCUCCAAAUCUGCUAACAGUCAAGAUGGCUUACAACUUUUUAAGGAAAUGAUUCACGACAAAGACAUCAGCUUAGCUUACCAUGAGCUACUGUCUGCCAAGUCACAGUUAAACACAACAUUUGAAAAUAUAGACAAGCUUAAGAUCAAUGCCAUUGUCCUUUUCAUUGAGCCACAUUUUGGCGAGAGCAUCCUGUCCUCAGCUAUAGAGCUCAAUUUCCACGGUAAAGUCUGGAUCACCAGUGAUGCCUGGUCCAUGAACCAGUUGUCCAAACGCCAUGGAACGGGUUCAAUCAGCACUAUCAUUGGUGUGACACCUACAGCUGUGCCCUUUCCUGGCUUUAAUGAGUUCAUUUAUCAUUCAAAACACAGAGCUGAAUCUGUCCAUAGCCCUGAAGGCUUCUGCAACCAGGCCUGUGAUAACUGUUCCUCAGUCAGCUCAGAAGAUGUCAUCAAUGAAAACCCCACCUACUCUUUCCCCAUUUAUUCUGCUGUGUACACCAUGGCGAUGGCUUUACACAAUGUUCUGCAAUGUAAUCACUCAGGAUGCAACAAGACCCACACAGUAUAUCCGUACAUGCUCCUCGAAGAGAUAAAGCGUUUGCAGUUCCUCUUGAACAAAGUGCCCGUGUCUUUUGACAAGAAUUUGGACGCACCAGCCCAUUACUCCAUCCUGUUCUGGGACACCAGUUAUAACCCAGUGAAGAUUCGUCAGAUCGGCACAUACACUAACUAUCCAGUUUCAAAUCUGACUAUUUUCAACACACUUCUUCAAUGGCCUGGGAGUGGCCUGGUGCCAUUCUCCAACUGCUCUGCUGAGUGUAAGCCAGGAUAUGUUCGGCAACAGGAAGGCCAACAUCAAUGCUGUUUCACUUGUCUGGAAUGCCCCAGUAACCAGUAUGCCAACCACACAGCUAACCUGUACUCAUGUCUGAAGUGUGGCAAGUAUGAGUGGUCCGAUGCUGGAAGCACAUCAUGCCGGACACGUUCCAUGGAAUACCUCCGUUUCUCCGAUGGCUACUCCAUUGUCCUCAUGGUCCUUGCAUCCGCCCUGAUGCUCCUGUGUGUUGGGGUGGCCAUGCUGUUUGCUGUGCACCGCUCCACGCCGGUAGUGCGGUCAGCAGGGGGCAGUAUGUGCUUCCUGAUGCUGGGCUGCCUCGCCGCUGCUGCCACCAGCGUCUUCUUCUACUUUGACAAGCCGACACCUACCAACUGCAUGGUCAGGAACAUAGUAUAUGCCUUUUUCUACACAGUCUGUGUGUCCUGCCUUUUAGUCCGCUCCUUCCAGAUCAUCUGCAUCUUCAAGAUGGCUGCCCUCUUGCCCAAAGUGCACGCGUGGUGGGUGAAGCACAACGGCCAGUGGUUGGUGGUGGCUGCCCCCUCUCUCCUCCAGCUCCUGCUCUGUGCCGUCUGGAUGACCACCACUCCCCCUUUACCAGUGGAAGAGAAGUACUCAUUCAAAGAUCAAGUUGUCCUGAUCUGUCUUGUAAGCAAUAUUUUCACAGCUUGCCUGUGCAAUGGACUCAUGUGGAUCCUCAGUGGCCUCUGUUUCUGGUUUUCCUACAUGGGAACAGACCUGCCCAAGAACUACAAUGAGGGCAAAGCCAUCACGUUUAGCAUGGUGAUGUUUUGUCUUAGCUGGGCUUCUUACAUCACAGCCUAUCUGUCAUCCCACUGCAAAUACAUACAGGUGGUGAAGAUUGUGGUAGAGCUGAGCUGUUUGUAUGGAAUCCUGUUUUGUUACUUCAUCCCAAAGUCCUUCAUUAUUGUCUUUCAACCUCAAAAGAACACACAGGAGUAUUUCCAAAACGCAAUUCAGAGUUACACAAAAACCAUCAGCAGGACCUAA